AUGACCCCCUCUUCAGACAAAGAGCUCAACGGGCUAGAUAACCCCAACUUCGUGGGUGAAGGUGGGAGCCACUAUUGCUCCUUGCCGGAUCGUGCUGCCUGGGGCUCAGGAGAAGGCAGGGGCAUGGGCCACGACGACAGCAAGCUUGCCUACACCGUCACAGACGUGCCCCCCUGGUACCUCUGCAUCCUGCUGGGCAUUCAGCAUUUCCUGACAGCCAUGGGAGGUCUCGUAGCCAUCCCGCUGAUCCUCUCCAAAGAGCUUUGCCUCCAGCACGACCUCCUCACCCAGAGCCACCUGAUCAGCACCAUCUUCUUUGUCUCAGGGAUUUGCACCCUGCUGCAAGUCCUCUUUGGAGUCAGGUUGCCUAUUAUUCAAGGAGGCACUUUUGCAUUCCUGACCCCAACGCUGGCCAUGCUGUCUCUCCCCAAGUGGAAGUGCCCUGCCUGGACGCAAAAUGCUACCCUGGUGAAUGCCUCUUCACCAGAGUUCAUCGAAGUCUGGCAGACACGGAUGCGAGAGGUGCAAGGAGCUAUCAUUGUAGCUUCCUGCUUUCAAAUCUUCGUUGGAUUUUCUGGCCUGAUCGGAUUUCUGAUGAGGUUCAUUGGCCCUCUGACAAUUGCUCCCACCAUCACCUUGGUUGCGCUACCUCUCUUUGACUCAGCUGGGGAUGAGGCUGGGCAGCACUGGGGCAUAGCGUUCAUGACUAUUUCUUUCAUAGUUCUGUUCUCUCAGUACCUGAAAGAUGUCCCUGUGCCGCUGCCAUCUUACCAGAGAGGCAAGAAGUGCCACCUCUCCCCGGUCUACCUCUUCCAGAUCUUCCCAGUGCUGCUGGGGCUCUCCCUGAGCUGGCUGCUCUGCUAUGUGCUGACGGUGACUGACGUCCUCCCUGCAGACCCCACCGCCUAUGGCCACCUGGCCCGGACGGACACCCGUGGGGAUGUUUUGUCCCAGGCUCCCUGGUUUCGGCUGCCUUACCCAGGCCAGUGGGGAGUGCCAACCGUCAGCCUGGCUGGGAUAUUCGGCAUCUUAGCCGGGGUGAUUUCCUCCAUGCUGGAGUCCGUGGGAGAUUACUACGCCUGUGCCCGCCUGUCUGGGGCCCCGCCGCCGCCGAAGCAUGCCAUCAGCCGUGGGAUCGGGGUAGAAGGCAUCGGCUGCCUCCUGGCCGGUGCCUGGGGGACGGGGAACGGCACCACGUCGUACAGCGAGAAUGUGGGGGCCCUGGGCAUCACCAAGGUAGGGAGUCGAAUGGUGAUCACUGCUGGUGCCUGUGCCAUGCUCCUGAGCGGCAUCUUCGGGAAAGUCGGAGCGAUGCUUGCCAGCAUACCUACCCCUGUGAUCGGAGGCAUGUUCCUUGUGAUGUUUGGAGUUAUCACGGCAGUGGGGAUUUCCAAUUUGCAGUACACAGAUAUGAACUCCUCCAGAAACAUCUUUGUCUUUGGAUUUUCUGUAUUUGCUGGCCUCACGGUUCCCAACUGGGCAAGCAAAAAUAGUACACUGCUGGAAACAGGAAUCAUCCAGCUGGACCAGGUGAUCCAGGUGCUUCUCACCACUGGCAUGUUCGUGGGCGGACUCCUGGGGUUUAUCCUUGAUAACACCAUUCCAGGAACACAGGAGGAGCGGGGCCUCCUGGCAUGGAAGAACAGCCACAAGGGAGAGGCAGACAACUCUCAGCUCAUUUCCAAGGUCUAUGAUCUUCCGUUUGGCAUAGGCACCAAAUACUGCACUGUCUCUUGGUUUCAGUAUCUCCCCACUUGCCCCAAAAGAUUACCUGGUGGCAAGAGAAUGGACAAACUGAAGGCUGCUGGACAGGAAAGCAGUGUUAAAGCAAGCUCAGAAAGAGACUCUGAGAUAGGUGCUGAUACAAGGAUAUAA